AUGAGCAACGCCAUUCUUCAAACACGAACACUUACAGUCUGGAGAUUGAGGUGGCUGGCAUUUGCACCCGUUUCUUGUGCCAGCCCUGUCGGUCACAGAAAGCCGCCUGCUGAUCGAACUCUCCGACUUGUUUAUGCCCAAGACACUGCCGGUUUGCCGACUUCUGAAGAGGAGUCGGACCUGAUCAUGAACAUGCAAGCUGACGUGGAAGUUGACGUUGCUGCUGGAGAUACAUACAGAAGCAUAAGAUACUGGGGGACAACAUUCACACAGCGCCUGUGCGCGAUGCGUAAUCGCACCAGCGCAAUUCUAUCAAUUCUAUCAAUGCUAUCAAUUCUACCGGAGGUAUGCAUUGAGCCAUUCCCGCGCGAUGGUGCGGUACACGCGGUCUCGCGCACUCGGGACGAGCGCGUGGCAAGCAGUGGAUGCUACGUUCCACGAUUGUCGAGCCAUGUGCAAGCAUCGCACAACCCGAAUGAUCUCGUGCAGUCUGCAGUGCGAGUUCGGCGUGUGCAACGUCGCAAAUGCGCUGGCGCUUCCAAGAGUCGUGGAUCUGACGUGUUGACUCCCCGCCGCCGUGAGCACAGAGACAAUGCGUUUACGCAUUUGGGCCAGGGUCAUCGCCUGUACGCCUCUUUAGGCGUUCAAUGCAGCCCUGCUAUGUCGAUGCUGCAGCCAAGCAUCACGCCCAUGUCGGAGGUGCAUGCAGAGAAUGCAGAGAAUGCAGGGAAUGCAGGGAAUGCAAGGCCCCUGGAACCAACGGCGAGCCCUGGACGCUACUGGACUGGUAGUGGGCUACUGGUGGUGGUGGUGGUGCUGCUGCUGCUGCUGCUGCUGGUACUGCGUCGUGCUUCUCACACAUCCAUGUGA